AUGUGGUCCGCCCAGCCAACUCCCCUGACUGAAGCAGUUGCCUCUGGUGAUGUUGAGAAAGUCAAAAGCCUCCUUGGCCGGCCCGCGGCCAACGACAUCCAUGAUUUCACGGUCCAGGACAAAUUCUACGCCAUGCGCACUGCGGUGGAGAGGGACUAUCUGUGGAUUGUAUCUCUCCUCCUAUCGAAAGGCGUCAAACCUUGUCCUUUCGACUUCUGCACUGUGGUGAAGAACCUCUCGUACCCGAUCCUCGAGCUCAUGCUGAAUACGGGAUUUGAUAUUAACGCCGCCUACCAAAAGGAGUAUCCUCCAUUUUGGCGUGAUGCCUUUUCUGAUUUGGAGCUUGUCCGCUGGCUUGUCGAGCAUGGCGCCGAUCCUAACGCUCCCACCAUGUUUGGCCUCACACCUUUCACCAUUGCUGUUCAAUGUGCUUCUUUUGAGACUAUCAAACUGCUUCUCGAGCUUGGUGCAUCAGUCCAACAUGGCUACCCUCUACAUUCUGCUGUCUGGAACAACCGCGAAGAAGAGAUCAUCGAGCUUCUUUUGAAUAGUGGUGCGUCGCCCAGUACCAUUGAGUUCGAAGGACAACCUCAAGCGUACGCUGACUCUGUCACCGGGGUCGGAACACCGCUACACGUUGCCUACCUGGCUGGUAACCAUAAGCUGGUUCAAUUACUUCUCGAGCAUGGCGCCGACCCUAAAAUCAGGGACACCAGAGGCAGGCGGCCCGCGGAAAUUUACAAAAUCAAGGGCCAUCUUACUGCCUCCAUGUAG